AUGGUGCACCCGAUGCCGUUGAUCAACGAUCUUCUCGAGGACUUGGACAAGGUGCUGUGGUAUUGCUCCCUUGACAUGGCGAGUGGAUUCUGGGUCGUGUCCAUGACACGGGCGAGACUGAUCUCGGCAUUCAUCACGCCAUUCGGACUGUUCGAGUGGGCGAGGAUGCCGUUCGGUCUGAAGAACGCUCCCCAGAUCUACCAGCGGAUCGUGGAUAACGCCCUAUAUGGGCACAUGCGUAUCAAGCCCGGCCAAGACAAGACGGUCGAUGUGUUCGAGGAGGGAGAGCCUGAACUAGAACCCAAACCGUCGAUCUUGGGACGACGAUCAUACGUCGAUGACAUUCUCGUGACUGGAGACACGUGGGACAGCAUGUGCAACAAGGUCGAAAAGCUUCUGGACGUAUGCGAUCGCUGGAACCUAUCGAUCAGUGUAGCCAAGAGCUACUGGGGAAGGCGCAAAGUGACCUACUUGGGGCACCAAGUGUCGACAGACGGGUUGGAAGCGAAACCGAAGGACCUUGAAGCCUUCUCGAAUCUCCCUUUCCCCACCAAGCUGAAGUCGAUGCAGUCGUUCCUUGGAAGCCUGAAUUAUUACAGCCGCUUCAUCGAGGACUUUGCCGUCUAUGCAGCGAUCUUGUACGAACUUCGGGAGGUAGAUUACCACCAGAUCGCACGGUUGAAAUCGACCGGAGGGCCGGAGGAAGGUGAUGCACCUGCGGACGAGGAACGCGAUCGCUGGACAAGAGCGAUGAAUGCGUUCACCAUACUCAAGGCGAAGAUCAUCUCCACCCCGAUCUUGAAGCACUUCGAUCCGGGGCGGGCGCCAGUCAUAGUCCUCUAUGCCAACAAGUGGGCGAUCUCGGCAGCACUGAUGCAGGAACACGGCGGUGUGUACUGGCCAGUAACCUUCACCAGUCGAACGCUGAAGAUCAACGAGUUGAACUAUGGGAUCGUAGAUAAGGAGGUCUUGGCUCUUCUUCGCAGGCGGGUUUAA